AUGACUGCUUUGGCGUCCUCCGCGGGCUAUACCUGGGUCGGAUCGGCAUAUCUUCUUGCCAAUGCUGCUGCUACGCCAUUAUGGGGCAAGCUCUCGGACAUCUUCGGUCGAAAGCCAAUGCUGCUGUUUGCAAAUGUUGUGUUCUUCAUUGGCUCUCUUUUCGCGGGCCUUUCGAAUCGCAUCGGCAUGCUCAUUGCCGCUCGCGCUGUACAAGGUAUUGGAGGUGCCGGCCUACUGACUCUGGUGGACAUCGCAAUCAGCGACUUGUUCAGCAUGCGUACGCGCGGUACAUACCUUGGCAUAAUCGGUGGUGUCUUCUACAUCAACCUCCCCCUCGAUAGCCUGGCCUUCAUCGUAAUCCUCUUCUUCCGCAAACUACCAACACCUCGCGUUCCCAUCAUCGAGGGCCUUCUCGCAAUUGACUGGCUCGGCAACUUCUUCGUCACGGGCGGGACCGUCAUGUUCCUACUUGGCCUUCAGUACGGCGGCGUAACACGCCCCUGGAUUUCCGCCAUCGUUCUCUGUCUCAUCAUUCUCGGGGCCUUCUGCCUCGUCGUCUUAGUUCUGGUCGAGUGGCGCGUAGCAAAAUACCCACCCAUGCAGCUCGACAUCUUCAAAUCCCGCUUUAAUGCCGCCCUGCUUGUCUUGACGUUCCUCCACGGCUUCACCUUCAUCGCGGCAUUCUACUAUCUCCCGCUGUACUUCCAGGUCUCCCGCGCAGCUUCGGCGCUGCUUUCUGGUGUAUACCUCCUACCUGCAGCAAUCCCGACUGGCCUCGCAGCUUUCGCGAAAGGUGCCUUUAUUGGCAUCACUGGAAACUACCUCAUCCCAAUUUACGUCGGCGUCACCUUCAUGACUUUAGGCUUCGGGCUCUUCAUCAACCUCCACGCCGACAGCAGCUGGGCGAAGAUCAUCAUCUACCAAAUUAUCGCCGGCAUCGGGAUGGGUUCUCUACUCCAGCCUCCCCUCGUGGCACUCCAAGCUGGCAUCAAACAGCGCGACAUCGCGUCCAGUACCGCAACUUCCAACUUCCUCCGCCUGAUCGCCGAGUCCAUCUCCCUCGUCGUAGGCCAGGUAAUCUUCCAGAACCAGAUGAAGGACAAGACACCCUACCUCAUCUCUACCAUUGGUUCCCGACUCGCAGAACAGAUCGGUGCGCAUGACGCGGCGGCAAGUACAUCGCUCAUCCAUUCGCUCGGUGGGGCGCAAAAGAAGGUGGUGGAGCGAGUCUUCGCGAACAGUCUGAGGCCGGCGUGGAUCAUGUACACAGCUGUGGCGGGUCUCUCGAUCGUGGCGGCGCUUCUGAUCAGUAGGACUGUUCUCAGUAAAGAUCAUGAGAUUGCAGAGGUGGGUCUUGAGGCAGAGAAGAGGCAUGCUGCGGAUCGGAAGGCGGAGAAGGCGGCGAGAGGCAAUAAGAGUGAUGGGCAGGGACCCUGGGUGUAG